AUGUCGUCUAUAUUGCGCAAGCUGCAAGGCGGAAACCUCGAGGUUUUCAAGUUCGGCACAUACGUUCUCUUCCCCAUCGGCUGGAUGUACUACUUCGGGACGAACCUUGACGAUCGCUUCACAGUCACCGGCUUCUGGCCCACCGCCGAACAAUCACACAAGAUCCCCCUUGAGCGGGACGAAAUAGAUCGCGAGAUUGCCCGGAUGCGCCGGGUGGAUGCGGUGAAGCUGGAGAGGAGAAAGGCGCGGGAGGCCUCGGAGGCUCAAGCGUUGGCACAGGGGCAAACAGAGACGAUGUCAAGCCAGGAGUAG